CGGACACACCUCCCGCGAAAUCUUCCACACCAUGACUUUGUGCCUCAUCGCAUGAAGUGGGGUGUGGCCAUAGUCGGUUGUGAUGCCUGCGAUAGGAUUCUAAUCCCAAGCAGCGGUGAAGUCUUCGUAUUCUCCACCUCGGACAUAGGAAUAUAGCACUCCAUCGCUUAAAUGGGAUCCAUACGGAUUCUCGUUGUUUAUCUCCAGCGAAUACGGGUCAAGCAACUGUCGAAAGAGAAAUGCUUUCAACCCACGCACUCGGUGUUCAGUGUGCACAUAGAGUACAUCUUCAGUGUUGCUACAUAAUCCUGCCCACGAUGAAACUAGCAGAUUUGUGUUGGGGGCAUCUGAAAGUCUCAUCACAGCAGGUGAGAGACGCACCAUGCAGCUCGCUGUGUCCACCAUCACGACGGAAUGCCAUGCCGUUCCGAGCUGUUGAAUCUGUGAAUUCAACUCGAUGCCCCCAGUGGCCCAUCAUUCAAGAAGAUUUGUUAAACGAUUCACAUGGCAAGGGAAGGGGGUCAGUCCUCAGUGUUUGGGAAUGCAAUAAACCGUCCAAGGACGCUCUAAAAUAUGAAUGGGAAUCAGUGCAGGUUUCUGUAGGCCUGGAAAGAGGAAGGUGUCCAAAAUAUUACAAAAUCCCAAUGAAGGAUGGCUGUGAGUACGUUGCGAUAUAUAGACCACUGGAAACCAUCAACAAAUGAAGUGGAGGCGUUCUGAACAUCGGAUCCCGCGGUCCAUGGAGUACCAGCUGCCUGUGGUUCAAGAGCCAGAACAUCGCUCGCGCUGCAGAAGGCGCAUUGAUGACGAUGAUCCGGUGAACGU